GUCUCCGGAACUUCCGGCCGGCGCCGCCAUUUUGACUUCCCGACCUUGGGCUCCCGCUGGCCGCUGUCUGCAGUUUACUCAGUGCAGUCAUGUCUGUGCUCACACCGACGCUGCUGAGGGGCCUGACGGGCCCGGUCCGGCGUCUCCUGGUGCCGCGUGCCCAGGUCCAUUCCAAGCCGCCGCGGGAGCAGCUCGGAACCAUGGAGAUCGCCAUUGGGCUCACCUCCUGCUUCCUGUGUAUCCUUCUGCCGUCGGGCUGGGUCCUGUCUCACCUGGAGAGCUACAAGAAGCGGGAGUGAAGGGGGCUGUCCUCCCUCUCACCCUGUGACCGGACCACCCCCAGCCUAUCCUGACCAUGUCUGCUGCAUUCCUGGACAGCCUUCCCUGGAUCAUAUCCUUCGGUUACAGUGACCUCUUCUGCAAUCGCGACCUCUUGAUUUCUCCAUUGUGACAACCUGGGACCACAUAAACCGUUUAUAAAGCCCUGCUCAGUAGGGCCCCCUGGUAACAAUAAAAUCUAUGUAAACAUUG